UAAAAUCGGCAGUGUUAAUUAGGCAGUGUUACUCUACAUUUACUCUUAAGGAGUUAACUUAACAACAAAUAGUGAAAGAUACCCUCUAGUGUUGGUGAAAAUUAUCAGAGUUAAUUCUGCCUCGUUAACUUUACUCUGUUAAGCUCCGCCCCUCAAGCUAACGUCAAGGAUUUGAACAGAAGUUUCUGGUCGUCGUCGCAACCGCCAUUUUCUUUCACCUCGCACCAAAAGGUCACCUAAGGUUAGGCCUACAGAACAUGCUGCUUAAGGUGAAACUUGGGGAUGCUCAGAAAUUUGUUAAAAUAACCGAGCUGAACCUGAAGGAGUUUUUGUCUGCUGCUUUUUUAAAGUUCGGUGUCCCAACUGUACCCGAGAAUGUGAUGGUUGUUGAUGAAUCAGGGACGGAGGUGGAUGAUGAUGUUUUUGAGGAUGUAGUUAAAGAUCCAUCAGUUGGAGUUCUCACCAUAAAACAUGGUGCAGACUUGGAACCUGCCUCUCCACAUGCCUCUCCACCAGCCUCUCCUGUGCAGUUAAAUCGGUCCCUGUCUUCAUCUAUUGACUCCACUGAUUCACAGGACACAGUGAUUAUUGAAGAAAGCUCUUCAAGUAAAAGAAUGAGGCUAGAUCAAGAAGCUAAAAAGUUGGUAGAAUCCAUUCUUGUCCAGAAACCUGGUGGGGAGCAUGUAAUAAAUGAAUACAACCGAACUAAAACUUUGGGGGAUGAAACGAGAAGGAAAAUGGUGAACAUCCUGGCAGCUGACAUGACAGAAAAGAAUGGUACAUCACCACCACGGCAGGUUAAAGAAAAAUACGCCAGAGGAAUUGUGGCUUUGUUCCCUUACCUCAGUGACCCCUUCUCCAAAAAUGGCUAUGAGCAUUACUAUGAUAGUGAGAGUGGCACUGGGUACUUGGCGUGGCGAAUCAAGACUAUACAGAGAGGCUUGGCUAAAGAACGACGAGCAUCAUUUGAAGGACAAGGAUCACCUUCUGAGGGGAUGUCUGGUGGACCAACUGUAAGACGGGAGUCAGAGUUUACUCCAGAGAUUGUCUUGAGUGAGGAUGAAUGCAAGGAAGCAAUUGCGUUUAUGAAACAUUCUGCUGAUGAGGACACAGUCAAGAAGAAGAGGAAAUUGACAUUUGACUAUCGCCGCAAAUUGGUUCUGGACCCUAUGCAGUCAAGCGAUAUAUUGACAGUCUUUCCACGUUUCAAAGACGUUAAAGGCUUGAUUGAGCAAGACUUUGUUCUGAUGUUUGGAGAAGAAGUGUCAGGCAAGCUACUGGAGAAGUGGACAACUGCAUUCAAGAAAAAAGUGAUUCAGCAGUCCAGAAAGCUUCCAACCACCAGUGAUGUAGAAGAACUCCUGCUAGCAGCUCAAUUUCCUGAUGACUCAGAAGAGGGUGUUAAUUUUGUUUGGGACUCUGACCUCUCUUCUAUACUACUGCUGUUGCAUCUGAUCCCACCUUCUGCCCAAGGCCGAAAGAGACCAGGAAAGGUGUCUGCCUCUCAAGCAGAGAAACAUCUUGUUGUCUUUAAGAAGAGUGGAACAAACAUUGAGGAGCAUCUUUGAAACAUCACUGCUAGUGCUCAGCCUUAUCUCCUGGCCGUGGGACCUCAGAAGAAUGCAGUUCACCAGUUCUUCAUCGUUCUCGAUCAGCAUGCCAUUCCAUGCAAGUCGACCUCUUCUCUUGGUGCCUUUGACGAACUGUUUAAGGCACACUUUGUGUUUGGCACAUCUUACAAUACUAUGCUACACAACAUGUACACUUUUAUUCAGACCACUGUGUACAACAUAGAUGUUGGCAAAGUGAAAGAGAGUCCUCGUGUUGCUGAGGUCAGAGCAAGGUUGCUUAGCUAGGUCCCUUAAGAUUUUCUGUCCUCAUGAAGUGUUAUGUUUGUCAGGCUGAGUUAAAUGGUUCAAAAAUACUUCUUAGGCACUUCAGAUUAGUUCAUGGUUUAGUUCCUGGAAAGAAUCUUCACCUUAAGUGUAUAGAGUCAGGUUGUGGUUCUGUGUUUGGUACUUUUUCAGGUUUUCGGAAACAUGUGCACACAAAACAUGCUGAGCAAAAUGUCAGUGAGCAGAAUUUUGACACCACUGAUAGCCAGGAGACUGCCAAGGCAGAUGGACAAAGUAAUGCUGAAGUACUUGAUCAGAUUGGCAGUGCUGAAGAGGUGGCCACUACAUCUGAACUGUUAAAGUCAAAUAAGAGCACUUUCGAUAUGUGUGCAUCUGCUGUUGCACAACUAAAAGUUGCUGGUUUAA